CAGAAGAGCGCCUUGCCUCUGAUCGUUGCGCUGACCGCCCAGUGGAUGACUGUUUUUGCAGUUGCCCCGAGGAACAUUGUAAUUCUGCGCCUGAAGAUCAUGCUGGACCUCGACACCACUGGAAGACGCAGGGAAGACAGAGCGGACAAGAAAGGAGAAGUCGACGCCGAGGUGGAAAAGAUGGUCGAAGAAAUCUUUCUAUGAAUAAUUGGGGGCAAAAGGAAAAUACAAAAGACAGUGCAGCCAGUGACAGAAGUGUGCAGGAUGAUCCCAUAGAAUUUCUGUUCGCGCCUCGUCCGGUAACGAUUGUCGACGACCACUGUAUUCUUCAGGAAACAUCAUCCCGGCACACUGCACACACGAUGCACCGCAAAGAAACGCUCAAUACGCAGGAAAUAUUAAAGAGGCGAAGGCAAGAGCAUGCUGCAGUGUCGGUCGGAUGUCAAGCGGCAGACCAGCAGAGGAGAAACCGAGAAAAAAGCCGACGGUCACUCCCCGCCUGGUUGAAAAAAGGAACAGAGACAGUGGCUGUAGCAAAAAGUUUUUCGUCAAAAACAACGGGAACAAUGAGCCGACCUCUACAUUCAUUGACACAACGACUUUCCGGCUUUCUCUUGGCCGCGCUUUGCUGGCUUCCUCUCGUGCUUCAGACCAGUUUUAAUACUAGUCACAGUUUUUUUGUGGCUGCUGAGGAGGAGCACGCGGCAGCAGCGGCAACGAGACUCCUUCAUAACGCAGUACCAACGGGGCUUUCGGGCACUGCAGUAUCGAGUAGUUCUUUGGUACCUGCAUCGCCGCGGCAGUUGCAAGAAGGUGGUGUCAACGAGGAAGCGCCCUCUAUCGAUAUUAAACUCAACCGGGAGGAGUCUCCGAAGUACAGCCUGGACUCUUUGAAAGAGGUCGGGUCCUCCGCGGCGCGCCGUUUCCUUUACAUUCUAAACGGCCAGCUGGAGCGCACGACGGGGCAGAGUCCCGUUUCCGCCGGACCGGAACGAGGCUACGUAGCGAACGGGUGGUUUACUGGGAAGACGUCGAACGAAGUUGCGCAGUUGCUCCCUACCGUGUACCCCACCACCACAACCGUGCCGCUGAAGGUGAAGCAGGGGCUCUCCUACGGGCAGGUUCGUCUCCGCUCGCAGGGCGCUACGAACGAAGACGGCUUCGCGAUCACGGGCAAUUUUACGGUGAAGCUGAUCCCGGAGAGCGGCGACUGCAGUAAAACGGUGACCUCCCUGAUGGGUGCGCCGUUCAACGGGCUGCCGAACCAGCACGAUACGGCCGCGGGGAUCGCCCGCGGAACGGUGGUCUACACGAAGGUCAUCUUCCCCAUCGCCGGCAAGUUCCAGCUAUGCUACACGCGCGACGAGCAGAGUUACGAGAUUCUGGAGCCCGUUAUCGAGGUGGAGGGCAGCGACAAAAACGACAACAAAUGGUUCUGUUCGCUCGCCCUCAUGCACGCCGGGCGUCUCGCGUGUCAAAAUCUGCCCUACGCCGACGGGUGCCAGUGCCAGGGACGGCUUUCCGGCUACCAGCAGUCGGCGAGCAGCGGUUUGGUGCGCCUAGGGAACGACACGGCGUCCGGUGCCGACGGGUCGCAGUUCAAACUCGCGCUGCAGAACUGGGAGGGCGCGGGCAGCACGGUGUACUACUGCGGGGACGGGGAUAGCAACCACGGGCUUCAGGAACCGUUCGACGUGAGACUCGCGGACGUGUUGGAUACCAGCACGAAGUACGUGACCUACAACUUCCGGAAGCUGAAAACCACGAACAACAACCCCUACAUUUUCCGGAUGUGCUACUGUCUGGGCUUUGACUGGGACGCGUCGGACGCCAAUCCGGCCUGCGAGCAGAAUCAACAGCAGGCGUUCGCGACGGAAGUCGGGUCGCUCGUCAUUAUCCAGACCCGGAUCUUCCACAACAACGCCGAAGUCGGCGCUUUUCCGACGUUGAAGUGGCAGCUGGUGCUCGACUGCGGGUGCAAGAAGGGCGACAGCUGCGAUCAAGGCGGCGGUUGCUCGCAAUCCGCGGACAAAGCGUACUAUGAACAUUCAAAUUUUAUUUUCACCAGCAUGCAUGAUGAGUUUCAUGUGCAUGAUCACAUCAGACAUUAUUUUCUAUAGAGACUGCAUCGGUGCAAGUCCAAAUGCAUUUCUAUCCAGGUACAAGAUCGUAAAGCAAUCUACGCUGAACAACAAGCCGUAUUUUGACGACACCAACGGCUGCCGGUUCGCGGAGCAAAUCAAAGAAGAGGUGCAAACGGACGUGAACCGGGAGGAGGGUGGUCAAUUCGCGCCGGCCAACUGUUACGGGGCGGCCGACUGCAGACAACAGGCCGACUCGCCGACGGAGAUCAAAACGCCGACGUGGUCCGAUGUACAAAUUUCCGCCAGUUACCACAACGAGAUCAUGCUCACGCGUUUCUAUGACGUGUGCUACUGCGAUAGCGAGUGCAACGUCGCCUCGAACUGGUUUAAGGUAAGAGUUCGUACUACAUUGCUUUGCUUCCGCUUCAGUCCACUGGAUUUGCGACAUGACGCCGCGAGGAUAUCCGUUCGCUUUCUUUACAUGUUUACCUCUUUUAACUCUGUAGUUGAGUAGACCUACCUACCUUCUUGCAGUCUUUCACCCCCUUGCAUCUUUUGCUCGAUGAUCUCGUAGAGUAAACCUUUCACAAAGCGCUGCUUCGCACCACACUUAUUUCAGGCCGGCGUGAUGCAGAUGCGACCGCUGCAGGCGUCGAUUUAUGCGCCCGGGGAGCUUUCGCUGGUGACGCCGCCUGUUAUCAACACGGAUUUUUCGGUGGUCAUCCGUACGCCAAAAGAUAUCAGCAUCGUCACCGCGGAAACGGGGCUCGGCGACACAAAGGUGGCCAGUUUCUCUUCCAUGACCAGCGGCGAAGCGACGCGGGAGAUGAAAAUAUUAGAGGACCCACUCGCGCUAACCACCUCGCAGCACUGUUUGCGCUAUGCGCAGUCUACGCUGGUGUCCGGACACGCGCAGGUGAACCCCAACAGCAACAUCGACUACGCGCAACCCGCCGGCGGCAUUGACAGCAUGGGCGCGAUCAUCGCCAACCCGACCGGUCUCGGGUUCAAGUACGGGUUCGCAAACGGCGUGCCCACGAUCAAGAUUUCCGAGCCCGGGUUCUUUGCGAUCUGCUACUGUGACCAGGAAUGCAACGCAGAGAACAACUGGCUCGUGGUCCACCGUCAGAUCAUUUCGGGGCCGACGCCGAACCAGAAGUGGACCCGGGUCACGGGGGUGACGUUCAACCUGCGGCUGACCGGGCACCUGUUCCAGACCAGCAACCGCAUCAUCGCGCUGGAGGCCACCAACGAACUCGCCGACUGCGGUACCGCCACCCCGACCUCCCGGUUCUUCGGGCCGAAGGUGCUGGGGCCGCAGCUCUCGUCCAACCUCGCCGUUAGGGGCGUGUCCCCGGCGGGCCCCUCCAACGCGAUGGGCGUCGUGCGCGACCCGAGCGGCCGCGGGACCGAGGUGCAGUUUUCCGCCCAGCACGGGCUGAAGGACGGGGACCAGAUCUACGUGGAGGUGCAGUGGAACAACGCGCUGAUGCUGGGGGCGGGCUACUCCCAAAUCCAGAUCGAGGAAAUCCGCGCGAUGUUCACGAACCUGCACCGCGUCGGCGUGCUCUGCGACUACGUGCAGUACACCAUCCCGGGCACCGUCACCAUCGUGCCGGCCUGCCACAAGAUCUUGAUCCCGGUUAAGUUCUCCGCGUCCGACUUCCCCUACUCGACGCCACUCACGGUGACGAAAACCAACGAAAUGGUCACGGCCAUGUUCUGGACCAGGAGCUCAGAAGAGGAAUUCAUCCUCAUGAAGGUAAGGAAAAAGUGCUGGCUACUUACUUUAGUUUGAUACAGUUCAUUGUUGAAAUUUGUGCGCUGUAGCUGAUGAAACUGAGCCUAGCCAUGAUUUUUGCGUAAGUAAAUACGCUCUUCUGGUGGAAAAUUACACUUACCUCGUGCACUCUCACGCCACAGGUUUCCUCGCCGUCCCCGGACAGCCGCGGGUACGUGAUUUGCUGGGCGCAGCAGGACAACGCGUACAACCAGGUGGGAACCAACCUUCCGACGCAGGCGCUGUACAAGGCGCCGGUGGGUUUUCUGAUCGUGAAGGACCCGAUCAAGAUGUCGAACUCCUGGCUGAGUCUGACCUCGAUCGAGAACAGCGACUACACGGUGGGGAGCGUCACGGAGCGGAUUUCGCCAAUCAUCGUCACGUUCGAAACGGGGAGCUCCGCGCGGUACACGGCGGCGACCGGGGAAAUGGGGCUGAAGCUCUCUUUCGAAAACAAAGAACAGCUGAACGCGGUCACCGGACGGCAGGAGUGGCACCCGGUGGUGAUUCCGUACGACCAGAGCAACCCGCAGCGGAAAGCGGCCGACGCGAGCGGCAACGCGAGUCCGGCGCAGCUGGCGCGCACGUCCACGAAGACGCUGAAGGACUUGCUACCGGACGCCAACCAGAAGAUGUGCGGCGACAUUUUCGUCGAGCUGUGGGGCGAGAACGAAAACGGGUUCCCGCAGCCGCGCAAGUGCUUCGCGUUCUACGACGACGUGUCGCAUCAACUCGGCACCAUCGAUCCCAACCCGGUCGUGGAACUCUACGUGUUCUUUCACGCGAAGAACGGGCUUGCGCCCAACACGCAGUACCAGCUGGUCAUGUACGCGACCUUCAACGAGCUUCUCACCAAAGACCAGCCGGCGCAGGGGGCCGUCAAGGUGUACACGCUGGACGAAGUAUUGUGAGGAAAAAUCCCCCCUCCCCAUAUCGAAAGCGAAAUUUGUGUUGCUGUAUUUGAGUACACAAAUCGCAUUUGUCUUGCUGGAGAGGACUGCAAACCCAUAUCAAGCCUGAGUAGAGAGGCUUUGACUUUGGCGCUUAGCAUGAGAAGCGUCCGUGAUGUUGGCUCAACAGCAUGACAAACCGCCUCCAUAAUGGGACGGAAGCUGCUGCCUUUGUCUUCUUGCAACACAAACGUGAUUUGUGACCUCAAAUCAGCAACACCCGACGGCUGGCCUACGGAUAUUAGGUGGAUCACAGGCUCAAAUCAGCAACACAAAUUCUCCAAACCUCACCUCUUCAAUAUGGGGAGGGGGGAUUUUUCCUUGCGAUACGAAGACUUCGGCAAUCGGUUCGAAAUUAUCGAGUCCGGGGACGCGAAGCCCGAGCCGCAGGACGUGGUGCCGCCCGCCAAUGCCGCCGAUCGGUGGUCAACCACGAUGCCGGCACUGAAGUACACCGGUGCCGGGCCGUUGGGGUUCCGCUUGCUCGACACGGACGGAACCUCGGACGGUUACAUGGCGUUGACACGGUAAAAAAUUUGUAUAUGAUUGUGCAUUGAAUUCCGAGUCUGGGUUGAUGUUUUUGACUUGACGGAGGUGAUGGAGGUGGGGACUUUUUAAGUAGCGAACUAGAAAUAAUGCAUAUAGAGAAGUUCUUUCCUGUCGUAGUCGUCUUAAGUCUGUUGCUUUGAAAAACUUCGUGACCGUGUGGCGCUUGUUGUACACGACAAGGUACUGCAUCAAGACCGAUGCGACCCCGGCCACCCCCUCUGCCACCUAUUCCUGCAAGCCGUGCCAGCGAGAAGAGGACUGCGGAAACGGAAGUGUCGAAACGCAGGCCAGUGACGGGACGAUUGUUCCGGCGGUGGACCCGAACGAGGAUAGAAACUGGUGCCGGUCGCCCAUUCAGAUGGAUUGCUUCGAGGAUCAGCAGACUCUCUCGGAGUAUCCGCUUUUCAAGUUCGAGCUGUUGCCGGAAGACGACGCGAGACCUCUCUCGGGCGGGCACAUCAUUAAGGUAAAGAAUUAAGCUUGCUAACCAUCGUAAUUUUAUUAGCUAAGAAGGUAGCGCUAGCGAAUACUUAUUUUUUUGAGGAUUUUUGCGCACAUGAGAAAAAUCUCAGUGACCCCUUGAAACUGGCUCACAUAUCAGAUCUUCCUCCACCCACUGACGCAAUGGGACAUCGGCGGCAACAACUGUGACAUGUUCUACGAUGACGGGGGCGGUUCUUUGAAGGAGAUUGGUGGGUGCGACAAGGGUUCCGUAACGUUCCGGACCGGGACCAUGACGGACAACCCGGAACAGCAGGUGAACUACAUCAAACUCACGGUCCCCAUCGGCAUGACCAUCACGAGCUCGAACAGCCCGAUUUUCCACCUCGGUGGUGCGCUGCCCGUGCCCAAGUACGGAUACUUCCCCACGCAUUUCUCGGCGGAGUUUACCCGCGAGAAGGACAAAGGCGGGCGGUACCUGUCGCAGCGGGACCUGGAGGGCAUUUCGGUGACGAACAACCCAAAGAACUUUGUUCGCCCGUGGUCCCCGGUCGCGCGCAUCCUGUCCAAGAUUGGCCCGACGAACGGGAAUCAGUCCCCGUUCUCCACCCAGACGAACCUGCUCUACAUGCAGCUCACCUUCGGGUCGAUGCUGUUUGCGGACAAGAACGAGCGCAUUGCUGUCCGUAUCGUCGCGCCGAAACUCGGGGGGACCGGCGAGGGCGCCUACAAGUGCCAGCUGUCGCUCGGCGGGCUGCCGGUGCCGGAGGACAUCGAAUAUUUGGAGUCGAAGGGGAUCCCCAACGGGCGCGGAACCAUCGGGUCCAUGCCUUUCGGCCCCGACGGGGUGACCGUGGUCGGCACGGAUGUGACCAACGAGGCGACCUACGGCGCUGCGAACACAAACCCGUACUGCGAGGUGAAGUUCAAGGAGCAUCUGAUGAUCAACGCGGGGUCCUCGGUUUUCGUGCCCUUUGCGAUGAUCAAUCCGGAGCCACUGAAGGUGAGAAAGAUACUAGCUUCGAGUUUUUUUUGUGCGUUUUUUUUUUCUGCCGUGGCUUCUUGGUACUGACUUCCUUGUUAGUACCUACAAGCAAGAAGUUCUUGCUGCGCAGCUGAGACUCAAGAUAGAAGCCGUUUUCUUGGUAGUUGUACUGACUUCCUUGUCAGUACUGGUAAGUCUGUUGAGCUGCGAAGUUGACAAUAGAAACCAUUCUGCUGCAUCAAAUCGAAUACAGAUCGCAAACGUGAAGAACUACUGGAGCCUGCAGAUCUACUACACCGGUUUGCCCGGAGGCAUCCAGGUGAAUUUGAACGACGGGUUUGCGAUUCCGAAAAAGUUCACUCCUCGUCGCUACUCCGGGAUCAAGGACGCGCCGAUUACACAAGGCGUCCAGUACGGCCGCAUUCUGGAUGACGCAGAUUUUUCCGCGAACACGGCGGUGCUCGGAAAGCUGCAGAUGAACGUGAUCCAGCCAGACUACUUCGCGAAUAGCUACCUGAUGAACGAGAUUUCGAUCUUCUUCAAGACGAAGCAGGAGGUUGGGACGCAGACGCAGCCGUUCUCGCAGAUUUGGGUGGACGCGCCGGCGAACUUCGACUAUUCGCAGUACUGUCUGGUUUCGGAUCUGCCUCCGAUCUACUACGUGCCCGAACCCGCGGAGCCGACAAACAAAUUGCCGCGCGCCUCGCCUGACGCGACGAUCCAGUGCCUCGGAAGCACCGUACCAGGAUCAGGAACCUCGGCGGGAACGUACAAUCGAGCAAGGCUUUCCAUCGACGGCAGGCUGCUGGUGGGGACGAUUUACGGUAAAAAGCGCGGACGUGUUUGUUUUGUUUUAAUCUUGCAUCAGUAUUUUUGCCGGGAAUUCGAUUUGCAUACUCGAUGAGGACAAGGUAUGAUUCACGAAGAAAAACAUAAACACUAUGAUUUGCGCCAUGUCGAUCAUCUUUGAGCUUCUCUCCAACGCGCACAGGUUUCGAACUCCGCAUCAAAAAUGCGCCCAUGUGGGAGAUGACGCAGCGUAAUAGUUGGGGUAUCUCCACGUAUGAAAACUCGGGCACGGAGAAGAUCGAUGCCACUCAGUUCUCUCCUCGGCUGAACCAGGAAGAUCCGGGUCGGCCGGACCCGAACCCCAACGACCCGACGCAGGACCCGUGGCUGUAUGAUAUGGGCCAGGACAACCUGUCCUGGGCGACCUACACCGAGGAUCUUCCCUCCGAGAUUAGCGCAGUGGACAGCCUGAUUUACAGUACUCACUUUGUGGUGAAGAUGGGGGAUAUGCGGCCGAACGCGCUGGGGUUGCCCACUGACAUCACUAUUUUUCCUAUCAUGGUUGCCACGGCCACACAGCCCGUGCAUGUGCGGAUCGUCGCCCCGCACGGAUACAAGUGGAACUUCAAGCCCGCCGAGUUCAUCUACGAGUCCAUCUUCAGCGGCGUCCCUACCGAGCAAGCGGUGGCCGGUGCGACCUCGGACUUCCCGCUUUCGCUCGUGCCGCCAAUGCCGAUUGUAAAGCCUCUGAACGAGCUGAGGAUCGACUCCGUCCGAGCAGGUGCCGCUAUGUUUUUGUUAUUGUUUCUACUUAAUCUUAAGCUUGAGCUAGUACUGCAUUAAAGUCUAGUGCGUGCACUACGGCUGAUGGGAAAGGAACUACAGCAAAUCGGUAGAAUUUUUCAGCAAACUUCUUUGAAAGGUUUUGUCCCUGGCGAGCGGUACGGAAUUCGUACGAAGAUCACGGUGCCUAAUUUUACGUCGGUGGAUUCCCUAAAUCGCUUCACCAUCGAGUUCGGUUACGACGAACUGACCGCGGACCGACGGUACGCGGCGGGAAGCUACCCGGCCCCGAUCGUGCGCAAGCUGUUGAACGCAAACGUGGAUUACGACACGUCUUUGAAGGCAUCCGCGAACCGGAUCCAUUUUUCCCUGCAGACCAUCACCGACAUCGAGCGCGGUGGCGGACUAGUGAUCACGGGUCCGAGUGGGUUUCUGUUCGCGGCGGCGUGCUUACCGGUUGCGGUGGACCCGCCGCCGGGGGUACGCGACCCCCCGAACACAGAUUUGCCGUUCGACACGACCUGCACGUCCUUUAACGACGGAACCACUCAGAUCCCGACAAUCACUUUGACGGCAGGACCGCAGGGUAUCUACAAAAAGGCUGGAUUGAAGUUCAGGUCAUUGUUGCAAAGGGGAUGAUCGAGGACGCUCUCAUGCAUAGUGAAGGAGGUCGUCCACUGACAGCCUUAAAUAGAAGACACUCGUUGUCACUGCACGUACUGCCGCGUUGCACAGGCACUAUGAAAAACACAAACUUACACAGGUAUUCCCGCCCGCCAAUAUGCGUUCAGUUUGGACUGCACAAACCCGGGCGUUGUCGUGAAGGACAAGGAUGCCGGCAUUUGGACGAUCGCCUCCUACGCUCUGGCAUCCGUGAAAACUACGGAGUCGAUUCUGGAUUUCCAGACCACCGUCCCGUCGUUCGGAAUCAACAACGCCAUGCCGAAGGCGGAUUUGGUAUCCAAGCCGUGGAAGCAGUGCGGGGAGGACUACUCACUUUGUAUUUAUUUUUCCUGCUGUUAUCAUGUUGAUGUUGCCCAGAAAAGGCGGGCUCGCGUGCUUCGCGUCACUUAACGGGUCUGCUUAAGCUUAAGUGCUUCGCUUAGGUGCUUCGCUUAGGUGCUUCGCUUAGGUGCUUCGCUUAAGUGCUUCGCUUAAGUGCUUCGCUUAAGUGCUUCGCUUAAGUGCUUCGCUUAAGUGCUUCGCUUAAGUAGUACUGCGGUGCGGUUUCGGUGCCCGCCUUAAGUAGUGCGUCGCCCCUCGAGUUGUGCCGCGAUUCUGUAGUAGUACGUCGCUCCUUAAGUAGUGCGUUGUGCCCCUUAAGUAGUGCGUCGUCCCUUAAGUAGUGCGUCCUCAAGUAGUGACUCGCUUAGCUAGGUAGUGCGUCGCUCAAGUGGUGGCUAGCUCAAGUAGCGUUUCGCCUGAUUGGUGCCUAGGUUAAGUAGUGCUUCGCCUAAGUAGUGCUUCGUCUAAGUAGUGCCUCGCUUCAGUAGUCUCCGCUUAAGUAGUGCCUACCUUGAGCAGUCGCGCUCUACUCAAGUAAUGCUUCGCUUUUAGUAGUGCGUCGCUUGUUAUUAAGUUGUGCCUCGCUUAGUGAGUGCCUCGUUUAGGUAGUACCUCGCUGAGGUGGCGCCUCGCCUAAAUAGUGCAUUGCAUAGGGAUAAUUUCCUCGCUUAAGUAGUGCCUUGCCUAGGUAUUGCCUCGUUUCGGUAGUGCCUCGCAUAAGUAGUGCGGCACUUAGUAAAUGAGUACCGCCGGCGCACGUCGGUAGCUGGCGCCUCACUGAGGUGGUGCCUUGCUGAAGUGCUCUCCCCAAGCCGAAACGGCCCUUAUUCCUACUCGCAAUCAUCCACCUACCCAGGUCAAUAUCCCGAGGAGUGGCAGUACCAGGCCCCGCGUGGGCUCAGGAAUGAUCGCCCGAAGUCCGCGACGCACCUGAUCAUCAAAUUCAUGAUGACCUGUAACACGGACGACGGUGAGGACGCGGUGGGCGACCCGACCUGCCGGCAAAUGACCAUUUGUGGGACGCCGGAAGCAGCGGGCGAAGAGUCCUGCUCCUAUCUCCCUCCGAAUUCGCCGACCGAUCUGGAGAUGAAGGUGAACGCGCCCGAGGGCUACCUGUUCGACCUAAACUGCGAGGUGGUGACGGACUCGCGGCAGGUGCUGUGGGCGGACAACACCGGGCCGAGUAUGCCGGAGCGCUUCAGUAACUGCUGUGGCGAGCAGGACGUGAAAAACUGGCCCACGUCGACGAACACGGGAAACCCGGUCGUGGUGCGAUCGUGCAAGGGCAACGAGAACAAGGCCCGGAUCGUCAUGAACCGGGGACUUAAAGGGAAGUCCGUCUACCUGUUUCGUAUCGCGAUCCAGAGCACGCCCGCGGAGAACCCUUCGGACAACCGGUGGAGCCUGGAAUUCAACGGCGAGACGAGCGAACGGUACGAGGGCUACAACAUCUGGUCCUUCACCGACUACGCCGUCGUGCCGCGGGACAGCUCGAUUGCCAACCGCGUCGGUUUGGUCCGCGAGAACGAGGUCACGAUUUCGCUACGCCCGCGAAACCUCGUCGCGGUCCGGGGCUACUUUCGCAUCGUCGCGCCCACCGGGUUCGAGAUCCAGACCAACUGCCAGGUCCGUGUGUACGUGACGGACAAGGAGCGGGACGCGUUCUGCGACUUCGAGAACAGCCGCACCACGGCGCAGCUGUUCGAGCAGUUCGGCGGCACGAUCCGGUGGUGCCCCCGGCCGGACACCGGGAACCAAAUCGCGCGCUGGGCGGAUUUUGAGCCGUUGAACGCGGCGGGGACGAUCACGCCCUCGGUGGAGUGCAAGGGCGACGAGAAGCCGUCGAACAACGUCCGGAUUCGCUUGAUGUUUGACAAGGUCAUGCUGCAGAACGUGCAGUACAACAUCGCGUUGAUGCUGAAAAACCCCCUCACUCCGCAGCAGGAGGCGCAGGACUGGAGCGUCAAGUCCUACCGGCCCACCAGCGAACCGGGCGACGAGGUGCAGCGGGAGAUGGACAGCACGGUGAUGACCGGGUUCCCGGUCAACUUCCAGGUGACCGAGUUCGGGCUGACGAUCCCGUCGGACCGGAACGCGGACUACGAAGUGGUGUUCGUCUUCCAGAUGUCGUUCCAGCAGGACGUGGUGGCGGGGGAAAAAGUGGUUAUUCUCGCGCCCGCCGGGUAUCUCAUGGCCCGGACCGGGACCAACUCCUGCACCGACUACGUGCACUUGGAGGGCUUCCUGGCGCGAACCACCCCGCAGUGCGGCGGCAACAUGAUGACCUGGACGCUGGUGGACGACCGCGCACCGGCCGACGAUUUGAUCAAGUUUUCGCUGAAGACCACCAAUCCGGGAAUGACGCCGUCGCCGAACUACUUCAGCAUCCGCGUGAUGGAGACCGAGAGCGAGCGCAUGAUCGCGUCAAAAGUGUUCGAAGGCUACCCGGUCAUCCCGGCGUUGCUGAACAUGCAGGUGGCGAACAUCGUCCCGCUUCCCAAUACACCCUCGGAAACCAACAACCAGCACAGUUGCCGCGGGCACCUGGACAACGCGUACGCGCUGAUUAUUUUGAACCAACCGUGUCGGUCCACGGACAGUUUGGCCACACUGCAGAUCACGUUCACGACGAGAUCGCCCGCAAACUUGAUUCGGAUCGAAGGGUAAGGGUGCGCAUGGAACUUGUUCCAUUUGAUAAAUUUAUUCCAGCACAGAGUAAAUCUACAUGUGCGUUGGUCUCUUCUGAUUAACUGGCCUUCAACGUGAUUUUUUUGUGAUCCUCUUGCAGUUCUAGACCACGGUCAUGUUGUGCUCAAUUUAUUUUCCUCUGAAACUUCUCCAGGUGGGUGUUCAGCGGGAUCCCGCAGGUUUCCAGUGCGCAGAUUCAGGGCAUUCCGCGGUACGAGCAGAUCGUAAUUCCGAACAACCGGUUGCAGGUGGAAUCUUACCGGAGCCCCCCCUGCGGAGACCAGAGUCCGUGCCCGCCGAGCAACCGCGUGAAGUUUACCGACGUGGACGCCACACUGUACCCCUCUGUACAGUUUUCCGGCGCCGAGAUUUUGCUGAUCCCGUUGAAGACCCCCACGACGCUGGAGUCCGGACUGCCGGGCACACCGAUUGACGGGAUUCAGGCGGGAGUCACGCGCGUGAUCUCCAUUCCCCGGAUCACGUUGCCGCCCCAGCCGGGCAUUUUGCUGUGGGACAUCGCGACCUUUCAGGUGCCCGACUCGGCGACCACGGCACUGCCGAGCUACGUGGACGACGGCGACACCGCAGACUUUAAGAAAAAAGAUGAGGUCAAGCAGUACCACGCACCGCGCACGGAAGCCGGCUACGAGGUGUUGCCCUACAUCGAGUUGACCCGCGCGUCUACCCUGAUCCCGGAUCUGUUCGGGCAGCUGAAUUCCAGGGUGAUGCUCCAGAUCAUUCUGAAGGCGGAUGUCUACAAGGACGAGGUUUUGUUCAUCACGCGCCCAACUGGGUACCGAUUUGUCCCUGACAGCUUCAUGCCCGCAUCUCCGAACUUGCAGUACACGGCCGCGGAGCUCGCGCAGGGCCUCACCUAUGUGCACGGUGUGGACACGCUGUAUUCCCAACCGGGGGACAUCACCCUCCCGCCGACCAGAUACUACUUUCAACUGGUCCGGUUCGUGCCCGCCAACAGCGCGUUGCUCGUGGAGUUCAACGUGGACGUGCCCACGCGGCCGUACUCCGACACGCACUGGUUUGUGGAAGUGUACCUGAUCCGGGAACUGGUCGACGAGGACGGGAACGCGAAGGUGGCGACCGCGGUUUCCUUAUCAAGUGUAAAAAUGUCUGGGUCUGGAAGAAUGCAAGACUUGUGAUGCAGGUUUUCCAUGACCCAUGAGGUCUGGAAUGCGAGACCAGCAUGACAGAUUCUUUGAGCUCUCUAUCAUGCCUUUCCUGCAUGAGAAACUCCCUCUCAACUUGGUCAAAAGCGGACAGCUUUUGGCACUUACGCAACACAGAUUUUUGCAUCAUUUAGAUUUAGCAUGACAAGUUCCAUUCUUCCAGACCCAGACACUUUUACAUUUGAUACUCCUACCCGUGGAACGACUUGAUGCCGGGAGAGGUGCGCGCGGCGGGCAAGGACCCGGAGCGGUGGCAGCGGCGCAUGACCAACGACGGCAGCUUCUCGGGUUUCUUCUUGGUCGGCGACAUGGGCCAGAUCACACUGAACCCCUCGGGCCGCACUCCGGGCGGCCAGAUCGAUCUGGAGAUCAAAUUCUCCAUCGCGAACAAGGUGGAGGCGCCCAACCAGCUGGACAAGCUGCGUUUGGAGGUCCUCGCGCCGCCCGAGUACCGGUUUUCCGCGGCCUGCUUGGUGUCCCAGGGCGAGGUCACGCGGUUCACGAACUGCAACGGGAGCAACAACAAAGCGGAGUUGGACACCAGCUCCAACAGCAUUCAGGGCAUCAACAUCCCCGUCGUUUUGCAGGUGUCCAACCCGCCGAUCCACAGCGAAAACACAGAGGUGAACAGGUGGCUGCUACAGCUAUUCCGCGGCCAGGAAACGCAGCCGUCCAACACGGGAGUCGCGGCGGGCUACAAGAUUCAGUCCAUGUCCGCGACCUACAUCGGAAACAACCGAGUAGGCGGGUCGGGAUCCAGUUUCUUCAAGUUCAAGCCCAACGAAAUGAUGCCGGAGGGGGGCUCGCUGCAGAUCGUCCCACCGACACUCGGUAUGGUUCUUUAUGACACUUUGUUUUGGUUCGGUGUUCUGUUCAUUCUUGUCAUGCUUAAGUGCAGGCCGAUACAAGAGUUGCUCGGGUCUGGUUGCAGAUGAAGGCAACAAGCAUUGAAAGUAUCUAUCCAUCAUUCAGUGCUGUCACCUGAAGCAGAGACAAGUGCAUCAAUACUUAUUUCAUCAUUCAGGCGGCUACGAUCUCCGCUGCAACGGCGUUCACAAGGGUUCUCUCCUGGAGCUGCCUCGGUGCAAGGCUUCUGGCGUGGACCAGGAUUUGCUUUUGGAGCUCCAAACGUCCACUCUUCAGGCGAACGUGGAGUACGUGUUUGGUAUCGGGGUGGUAAACCCCUCCACCCCAAACACGGGGACCGGGUUUUCCAACACGUGGGGCUUGAAACUCGUGACGCGCGACGGCCGAACCGUGGAUGCGAAUAUGAGCAUUCCCGGCGUGGAGUUGGUCUCCAUCGACCUGGCAUUCGAGCUGUUCGCCUGGAACGAAGUGAAGCCGCAGGAGAUGUCUGUGCUGCUGAUGGAGUUGGUCGCGAGAAACAAAAUUCCCCAGGGGGAGAUCGAGUGGUUCUCGAUCGAAUCCCCGGAGGGGGUCAUGUUCAACGACCCGAACGGGGUCAGCGUGCAGGGCCUGCCGCUGGUGAGCACCAAACCCUUCCGGAUCGCGGGGAACCAGCUCAUGGUGCAGAUGCAGCCCGAGAGUGAGAUCAAGGAGGGCAUCAUCGCGGUGCAGUUUGAGGUGAAAAACCCCUCGAGGGUGCCCACCGACAACAAGUGGGUGAUCCGCGGCAUGAAGGGCAACAAAGAAAAGUUCUUGGACGUCGUACCUGGCUACCUCUUCGGGCAAACCAGUCCCAAAAUUGUCACGGCCGCGCAACGGGGCAGCGCAGCGGGCAGCGCUACCGGGAAGUACUCCCGGAAUCUGGCUGCGCAGGGAGCCAUGGCCGUCGCGGGCGUGGCGGGAGCGGCCAUGUUUGCCGGGCUACCGUAA